CUGCGCAGCCGCAAGGGGGCGGUACCACGGCGGCUGCGACAUGGGGGGGCGCGGAGGAGACGCCGGAAGUAGCGGUGGUACGGGUCCGACAGAGGGGUACUCACCGCCCGCAGCGUCCACCCGCGCGGCGGCGAGAGCCAAGACCCGAGGGGGUGGGCGUGGCGGCCGCCGGAACACAGCCCACCCUGUUUGCACCUCGCGCCGGGCGGCGCCGCGUCGCUCCUCUCCACCAGCUGCCAUGAGCGAGCGCCUCCGCCCCAGGAAAAGAAGAAGGAAUGGCAAUGAAGAAGAUAACCAUCUUCCCCCCCAGACCAAAAGGAGUAGUAGAAACCCUGUUUUUCAGGAUUCCUGGGACACAGAGACAGUACCUGUAACGAAAAACAGUAAAGAAAACAGACUAAGAGGAAGCAAAGCGUUCUGCGCGUCUUCAAGCAGUGACAGUGGUGGGAGCAGCAGCAGCAGUAGCAGCAUCAACAGCCCUGACAGGGCCAGCGGGCCAGAGGGCAGCCUAAGCCAGGUCAUGCCCGGAUCCAGCCCCAAUACCCCUCAGCCCAUGCCUGAGCAGUCUGCACUGUGCCAAGGCCCUUAUUUCCACAUCAACCAGACCCUGAAGGAGGCCCACUUUCACAGCCUACAGCACCGAGGACGGCCUCCGACAUGAUGCGUGGGCAGUUUCUUGCCUUCUGUGAAGGGACAGCGCUGUGCAGAUUUGAUAUUUCAACUUACAGUUUGUUUAAAAAAAAAUUGCACACAAAAAAUGCCUGUUGGCUUUUCAGUCUAUAUUUGAAAUAACAGGUUAACAGGCAAUUGUUUACUUGUGGUUUUGCUGCACUAUUGCAAUUUCAAAGGGGCUUUGAAGCAAUUUUUUUAUAGGAUUCUUUUGAGGGAGGGUAUCAAAUCCAUGUCAAGGAAGUGGUGUGAGGAAAUCUCAUCUGUGUGUUGCAUCCAUAGUGUGUCCAGUUCAGACUGAUCUUCAAAUCUGUCAAUUAGAAGUUCUACUUUAUGUAAAGGGCCUUUUAAAAAUGCGGGAUCUUCAAUUUUUUAAUUCAAUAAACUAGUAAAGAGUAUCUAGUUUCCAUGAAAAAACACAAGGGUAUUUUUUGUUUUGUUUUUUUUCCCCAAAAUAUAGUAAGCUUGAUUCAGUCUUGCACUGAAAUUAACUGCCAUACUACCUCUUAGUAUGUACAUGUUCUGUGGAAAGUACUCUGUUGUAACAGGAGAAUAAUCGGAUCCAUCCAGUUUAGAUUGUGGAAGUGAAGCGCCCUCCCUAGUAAUUGUCUCCUCUCUGUUAUAUAUUUGUAUUUCUAGGGAGGAUGUCCUUGUGUACCCAGGUUAACUCUGUACCAAUAUUCCUUUCAGAGUCUGCACCCCAGACUCUACUGCACAGUUCCAAAAGUCAAGGAGUAGUAAUGACUGUCUUACUCACAAACUUGUAUCAGAAGCUUAUGUGAUCUCACUGAAAAUUCCCCCUGCAGUGGAGAAAAUUAAGGCACAUACAAGUACUGAAGAAACAUAAGCUGCCCGAACUGAUACCUGAAGUAACAAGGACUGUCAAAGUAUUGGACAAGGAUUUACUUUUGCUUGAAGUCACCCCUAAUAUGACAGGGGGUCUCAUUCCAUCACUUAAACUGGAAAGAUUGGUGUGGAUUUGAAACAAAUGAGCAGAGGUACCUGUAGGAGAAAGAAUGCAGCAGUAUUUAUUUAGAAUAGAAGUGUUCCCGAUUACUUAGUCAUACUAGCGAGCCAGCCAAGUUUGAAUAAUGAAGAUGCAGAUGAGUCAUCUUCCUCGCUGAUGAGCUGUCUGAACAAGGAGCCAGGAUGCAUUGGGUCAUCUGCUCUGGAGAGUUCCGGGGGACCAACCUGUCAUUGGGAUGUAGAGGAAGUGCCUUAGAGUCCACCGGAAGCCACCUGCCCGCUCCCCUGACACUCCAUUCCAUUCCGAGGCUACACAGCAUACAUAGCAGAGCUGAGAAGCGUGGAUGACUCUACUAAGAGGAGUUUGCUGUUUGUCAGGACUGGAAAAGGACACGGGGAACAGCAUGGGGUUUUAUUAUGUGACAACUAAAAUUUGAGAAUGAAGAUUGUCCUAGGGAAAUAACAAACACAUACCUCCUUUCCAUGGGUGUUCCUGUAGUAGGGACAGACUUUAGAGGCCAGCUGUGUGCUGUGGAAACUGUGGUGUUAUAGAGGACGUUAUAGCACAGGCCAUGCUUGUGGGGCACGGGGUUUUGGCAAGAAGUCUUGUUUUUUUUUUAACUACUUCUCUCAGAUUUUAAAAACCAGAUGUUUGACAAGGAUUUUAAUGGCAGGGAAUAUGCAAAGGACACAUUGCUAAUGUUUUGUCUAACAAUAAAGCAAACAACAACUAAAUGCUGUGAGAAGUCAGGCUGUUCGAGCUCUCAAACACGCAUACACAACAAAAUUCAGAAAUACCCAGGAGGACUCCUGCAGGCUUAAUGGAGGCAUCCUACUGAAACAAAAUGUAUAUUAACAAGAAAAUGUAAAACUUGAGGAAGCAAGCUUUUGUUUAUUUUCCACCCAACUAAAAGAAUGGAAGAUUAAACCAUCACCAGAACAAAAGGACUUUCUCCAAGUACAAUCACAGUGGCAGUUGGCAAUUAACUCUUACUCUACUAAAUGCAAGGAACCAUCUCCAUCCUGUCUACAUUUUCUACAGCCUUGCAGCUUGGGAUCCAUUUAUAUUAUGAGGCUACUUGGUAGCGUCAGUGGGCAUCUUUAAAACCUUCUAUUAGCUCAAACCCGUACAACCUUGUAUUUCUUGUGCCGCCAUUAAAAGCAGCAUUCGUGCA